CACCAAAUAGCAAUGAAAUUGCGUAAAUAUAAUGUAGCAACUACAAUCGAAACCUUUUGGUUUCUUUCCCACUGCGCCAAAAACAAUGAAAAGAUCAUUAUUGGCACUUAGUUGCAGAGGCCGUGAUUCCUCUACUAGCUUGAUAGGAGGGCCCAGGCGCCGUGCCUCACCGGCCACAGCCGACCAACCUCCAUCCGAUCGAGCCCCUAGUAAACCCUUUAGGGGUCGUUUGGAUCCAGAAAAGUGGGCAGGGAUUUGGCCUCAAUUCCGGCUCAUCCAGGAAUUUAAUCAAUUCCCUUGUUUGGAUAGCUCUAUAAACAUCAAAGAUUUGGGCCACUAGAAAUUUUAAAUUCGGCCCAGUCCGGAAUUGUGAAUACCUAGGAGCCUCCAAGUAUUUUGAAAAUCCGGCAUUAAUUUAUGGUUUGUUCCCAGCGUGUCCCUUCGCAGUGUACCGGAGCCAAUCUCGUCGGAAUUGGACGCGGGAGAGAAGGAGCUCAGAGAAGAUGACCGACGAUGCAAACUCUCCAACCACCACCACAUUCUCCUCCACCGCCGCCCUCGACUCAUCUCCUUUCUCAUCUUCCUCCGCCGCACUCUGCUCUUCUUCUCCUGCGCCGGUCACCAAAGGAUUCAGAUCUGAAACCCAAUGUACAGUCAACAAUACCCAAUCAGAUCUAAUCGACCGCCAACUUCCUAGUUUGUAUCUCCUGGCGAAGGGGAAGAGAGCUAGGGAUUCUUUUCCCUGUUCCGAAAGACUGAGACUCCGUCGUAGAGUGCGAGGACGAUGGAGACUGGCGAGGAAUCAGAAGGCUCGCGAGGUCUCCGGAGGACCUAGGAGAAGACGUAUAUAGUUCUCCCGUUCUGGGUUCUUUUAUGGAAUAAUCGCUAGCAAAUCGAUGCGUUGUUCUACCACUGCGCUCUGAUUCUUUCUUUCGGCGGAUCUGGGUUCGCAAGAGGCUGGAUCAACUUCCAUCAAGUCGUCGCCAUCUGCACCAAAUCAAGCUUUCGGGGUUAGCAAAGAGUUGGUGUCUGAAUGUAUUUGUUUCAUCCAAGAGAGGGAAAGGGAUCAUUCUGCUAGACGAUGUUUUUUUGAGUGCAGGGUGAGUGAUUUUUUUCAGUGAAAGACAAGGGGAUAAGGGGCCGGCGACGAGCCAAAGCGGUAUACCGACGACGAUUGAUCCGUGAAGGGUAUAACUGUAAUUUCACAAUUGCGGUUAGAAUUAAAUUUCCUAACUAACAAAUCCCCAUUCAUAAACAAACAAAAUAUUU